AUGGGGGGCCCCCCGUGGCUGGGGCCCCCCAGCGAAUCACCGGGGGCCCUGGCGGGGCGUGCUGAAGGUCGGCAGAAGAGAAGGAAACAUCAAAUACCAGAGCAUACCCAACCCCAGCAACAGAAGCACGAGGAGCAACAGCAGCAGGAGCAGCAACAGCACCAGGAGGACCACCAGCAGAAGCAGGAAGAGGAGGAGGAGGAGGAGGAGCAGCAGAAUCAGCAGCACCAACAGCAGCAGCAGGGGCAGCGCUGGACGCUGCGGAAUGUUGGCUCGCCCGCGUCUCUUCAUAUGCCAAUGCGCAUGCAGGGGAUUAAUCGAUACAGCUUGAGGGGUCCCAGGGCCCCACACUGCAGCACAUAUGGUGCAGCAGACACGACGGACGGGGAGCCCGCGGGUGUUGUUGCUUCUCCGAGCGCGUGCCGCAGAAGCAGCAGCAACAGUGAGUGCGGCAGCAGCGACAGCCGCAUCAACUGGCACAGCAACAGCAGAAAAGUUAGCUGCAGCAGCAGGAGCAGCAACCACAGUAGGAAAAACGGAAGCAACACCAGUAGCGGCACGACCAGUAGCAGACACCCGAUCAGCCUACCCACGGGCAUCAGCAGCAACAGCAGUACCGGCACAAGCCGCCGUAGAAGCAGCAGUAGCAGCAGCAGCAACAGCAACAACAACAGCAAUAGCAGCCGCAGCGCCUCCCCUGCUUGUCCCCUGUGCAGGGGAUCUUCUAUCUUCCGCCAUGGCUCGCGACUAGAGAGGAGGGAGGCCCUGCUGCAGCAGCACGGCUUGGGGGCCUUAGGAGGCCUUAGCAGCCUUGCUUCAGUGCCUUCUGCUGCUGCCGAUAGCCGCAACCAGAGACCUCCCCACAGGCAGCAUCCGCAGUCACAACACCGCUCAAGCUCCAACAGCAGCAGCAGCAGCUGCAGCCAGCAGCAGCAGCAGCAGCAACAGCGAGGCGCGGAGCAAAGGCGGGAGAUCGAGGCUCUCAGGCGCUGUUUGCUCAGCGGUCUUAUGAAAAAAGAGAGGCAGCGUUAUCUUUGUCCCUUUUGUUGCUGGCAGGGGGAAGCAGCUACUACUACAGCAGCAGCAGCUGCUGCUGAGAGUAGCAGCAGCAGCUGCUGGCGUUUCGUCGCGCGCAAGGGGCUGGAAGCCGAGGCAGCGACGGUGCAGUAUCAGCUGCAACAGCAGCAACUAAUUGAUGUCGACAGCCUUGCAGAAGAACAACAGCAGCAGUUCUUUGUGAAACAGGAGCCCCUUCCCCACGCCAGCAGCAGUGGCACGGGCAGCAGCAGUAGCAGCAGCAGCAGCAGCGGAGCUGAGGCUUUGCGGGUUGCAUGCGAAGGUUUAGACUGCCGCUCGCUUAGCACCGAGGCUAAAUCAGCAGUAGCGGAGUUGGUAAAAGAUGGCUGCUUCAUAUCGACGGCUUUACAAGCUGCUGCUGCAGUACAACAGCAGCAGCAACAGCAGCGUCAACAGCAGCAGCGGUUGCGGCAGCGGCCGCAGCAGCGGCUGCAGGGGCGAGGCGAGAUGAAAGGGGAUCCGCGUGGGCAGCAGGAAGCAUCAGAAAGACGCAGCUCGUUUGCUGCUGCAUGCGCAGCAACAGCAGCAGAGAUGGAAGCAGAGGCAGUGAGCCAGCAGCUUCUUGACUUAGGGGCGUUGCGGGCACGCGAAGAAGCAGACAGCAGGAGAGACAGAGAAGCGCAACAGCAGCAGCAGCAGCUAGCCAGCAGCGCGCAGCCUCUAUGGGAACAGCACGGCUGCCUAUGUUCUUUUUUAGAGGCCGCAAACCCUAUCCUUUUCGAAGCUCUUACCUGCAGUAGCAGCAGCAAGCGGGGCAAAGAUGAUGCAGGAGCUCGUGGCCGUGUGUUGCUGCAGCGCCUGUUCGAUCUGCAACAGCAGCUGCUGCGCAGUUACACUUCUGCUGCUCCUGUCUUUGUUUGUUGGGCUGAUGAGGAGGCUGGCCGUCUCAUGAGAGCGUUACGAGUAGGAGACACUCAGAAGCACCACCAUAGCAUUCAUGACUGCCUCCUUAUAGCCUCUGCUGCUGCUGCGGCUGCUGGCGAAGGAGCUGCAGUAGCCCCUUUGAAUGCAGCACAAGCAGCUGGGGGACGAACCCGCAGCAAACCCAUUCCUACGAUGCAGGAGGAGGGUCUCCAAAGGUGCGCGGAGCAGCAGCAGCAGUGGCCUUUGAGCGAGCGGCAGCAGCAGAUGCUCCUCAUGCUGCAUCAGCAGGCGCAGCACGUGUCGGCAGCAGAGCUGCAGCUAUCCCUAGCCAAGGCCUACUUCGUGCAGCAAGAGAAGGCCCUAGUAGAAUCUGCCUUCUUCUCUAAUUUAGGAUCGCUGGCAGCCCCUUCGUUGCUGCUGCUGCAUAGGCGGCAGCUGCUGCUGCUGCUGGGAUGGUGGCUGCGCCUCAGUGCCUUCCUAACCGGCACAGCAUUGGAGCUGCAGCAGCUGCUGCUGCUUCAGCAGCAUGCAUUUGCUAACGCUCCUAGCCAGCAAAAGGACCAAAAGGAUCCUCCGCAGCGGCAGCACCUUGUUUCGCUUGCUGACUUGUUGCUACGCCCGCACCCAACGCGUGGACCGUCUUACAUACAGAUGCUCCUGCUGCAUCCUAAAGACAGCAGUGCUGCUGCUGCUGUGGCCUCUGCAGCAUCAGAAGCAGGCGCGAAGCUAGAGUCUCCGCUGCAGCACGGUCAAAAUACGAGCAAGCCAACGGCAGCAGCAGCAACCGCAGCAGCCCCACCAGCAGCACCAACAGAGGUUGAGGAGAUUUCUAGCGACGCUGAUGAAUGCCUAAACACCAGCAGCAACAGCAGCAGCAUUGCAUCCUGCCUGAGGAGCAAAAAAGGGAGGGGGGCUAUUGCGGCUGCUAGCAGCAGCAGCAUCGCUGACGAACCCCGUGGCCCUGUACGUGCUUGCAGGCCUCUCCGGGCCCCCACACGACACUUACCUGCAGCUUCACGGCGACGCCUGUGCAGCAGCAGCAGCAGCAGCAGGUUGCAGUCGUUCGCGCGUUGCUUAGCUGGUUGUUCCACAGCAGAGCAGUUGGCGGCGCAGCUGUGGGUUUUUUCUACAGAUUCUUCUAUUUUGUCUCCUCUUGAAAACUGCUGCUACUGGGAUGUCUGCCUGCCUGAAACCCCAGGUAUGCAAGGCCUCCAAGCAGCAGAUAGAGCCCUUCUUCCCCUGCAGCAGCAGCACGAGGAGGAGGAGCUUUGCCCGUGGGACGCCUUAGCCCGCCUGUGGUACCUCACUUCAGACCCGUUUGCUGCUGAGUGCUGCUCCCCUAGAGUUCUGCAGCAGGGCCUGCAGCAGCAAAUGCCUUUGGGGGCCUCUGAGGGGUCCUCGGGGAGGCACCCAAGGGUCAUUGAAGAGGCUCGCCAGUUUAGUUUAGAGGGGUUUCCUAGCCUCGUCGCUACAGGCCUGUGGCUCCCGGCUGUAGCUUUUGUCAGCCCAGUGCAGCAGCAGCAGCACCUACAGCGACUGGAGCAGCAGCAGCAGCAGCAGGUGAGGGAGCGCCUGCUGUGGGGCCGGCGGCAGCUGAUACACUACAUUUCGCUGCUGCUACCGCAGCCACCUUGUAACCGCAGCACAUCAGCCGCCUCACCAGCUCGGGCCUAUCCCCACCGCCAUAUCUCCAGCAGCAACAACAACACCAGUAGUAGUGGUGGGGUUACGGAGUGCCUGCCUGCCUUCCGGUGGCUUCGUGGCGCCAUGAAGGCCGUCGCAGAGGGUACAGAACAGAAGUUUCUUCAGGAGGCCGUGGAUGACUUUGUUGAUGACCUUUUUAUAUCUUAA